CGGAUUUUUAUCCCAACUGUUUCCGGGGCAGUUGCAGCUAGCCUCUCCUCCGUAAUUGAGUAGAAAGAAGUCUCCCUUUGAUGCAAAUUAGUGUUUUCCUUGAAGGUUUAAUCACCAUUCCGUGAUUUUUAAGAUAAUCUUUAACACCGGGUCAUGUACCGCCACGAGCAUCCCCUUCGCGGUCCUCCACCGCAUUUCGUGCCGGUCUUGAGGCACCCACCCUCUAUCAGACACAGUGGGCCAUUUUCGGUACCACGUCCAGGACAACAACCCCAAAGACCUGCUGGACAGUUCCCACCGCCGGAAAGCUUUUACCUGCACAACAGGCCACCGAGCGACCGCUACGUGAGUCCCCACUGUAGCAACUUCUCCAUAGACCGUAGUACAGUGAUUGCUGUCGGAGGCAGCCAGCAGAUUGCCCCUCCUGCAGAUUCACCACAUCUUCAAGUUCCACUGUGGAACCCCCCACAGAUGGGACAUCUUGUUUCAGACAACAGUGAUCAAGCUGGCGAGGAGUUCCUGAGAUGUAUUGCAGCCAACAAACCUCUACCAGAUUAUCUCAAAGGCAAUAUGGCAUUAAACCUGGCUGAUGCACUCAAGUCUGCUGAAACACUGAAAGUUUCAGUCAAGUCGGUGACCAAGAGUAAGAGCCGUAGUCGAAGUCAAAGCCGAACCCGUGGCAGAUCUCGAGCCAAGAGCCGAGCAAGGAGUCGAAGCAGAGGAAGGAGCAAAAGUCAUGUUCGUGGCAAGAGUCGAGCCAAAAGCCAAACGCGGGCUUGCAGUAGGAGUCGGAGCCGGGGCAAGCAGAGUCACAAACGGAGCAAAAGUCGAGUCAGAAGAUCUAGGUCCCGAAGCAGCAGUAGUGAAAAGAGCCAUGGCAAAGACAGGAAGAGGAAGAGAAGCCCUGACAUCAGCAGCAACAAUCUGACUGGAAACCGUCUGUUUGAAGGACUCAAACUAGUCAUGAACAGCAAAGAUGUGGAAGAGCGGUUGCCCUCUCUCAAAGAUGCCAUCCUUGGUAUUCAGGCUUCAUGUGGAAAAAAGACAGUGGAGAACGUGUCUGAUGAGCCCAAACAUCAGCAAUAUGACAGCAUCGACCCUUUCACAACACUGGAGAAUGAUAGCAUCUUGCUUCCACAUGAAAGAGUAGUUGGUGACUUCUCUUGGCUUCAAGAAAAAAGCCAGGAGGAAAUUUCUGUCCUGAAAGCCAAAGAGUUUGAAGAAGAAGAGUCAUUUUUGUAUGGGUCUGGGGGUUACCUCCAAACUGAAGAACAUGCCAAACAUCUUGGUGCACAAGAACCCCUUCAGAUGGCAUCAUCUGCCUUUGCCAAUGCCAGUCUGGAUAAGUUGGAGUUUGACAAAAUCAAGAAAAUCCUCGAUAGUUUGGGAGGAACAUCGGAUAUUGGCAAGAUGGUAAUGAAUACUCAAAUGAUAAAGGAAGGCAGUGAAGCCUUUCCUGCUAUUUUAAAUUCAGACGUAGCAGUGGAGACUCUGAAAAACCCAAGUGUACGGAAAUCCCUGGAGUCGUUGCAGUCUCUGAUCAGAGCAACAAAGGACAAACGGGCAAGAAGCAACGGACAAUCAGAAACCUCCUCUGAAAAACAGAAGGCCGGCGACAAUGAAAAGAAGAAAAAAGACAAACAAACUAAAAUAAAAGAACUGGAAUCACUGGCACAAGAAUUGGAUGUUUUGCUUCGAGAGGAUGGAAUAGGCUUCAUGUCUCCAGUGAUCGGGUUUUACUGCCAGAAGUGUGAAGAGUUCAUCGGAGAUUUGAAGUCUGUUGAGACUCACGCGGCUGUCCACAUUCAUAGUACCUCCAGCUGCCUAAAAGAGAAGCAGGACAAACAUGGUAAAGACAUCAAAGGACACUCGCACCAUCACAGCAGCCAUAGUCAACAUCCUCACUCUGAGAAGAGAGGCCACAGGAGUGGCCGAGACCACCAGGAGAAAGGGCACAAAAGCACUCGACUGGGAAACCUCUGCCUGAAAGAAGAAAUGAAAAAAGAACGGAUGCUGAUAACUGUCAACCGUGGACUGACACCUCCGGCUCAGCCCACCAUAACCAAGGAGAACAAGGAGAUGGGCAUCCCAGGACACGCAAAAGUCAAAGAAGAAAAGGAGAAAUCGUUAAAAACCAGCAGAGGCAAACACAGCAGCGAGAGCAGCGAGGACGACAGAUCGUCCAAAGCUAAACAUGCUAAAAAGAAGAAGAAGGAAAAGAAGAAAAAGAAAAAGAGCGACGGGUCUUAAUUGUUUUCGUUUUCCUUUGAGAUUGUUGCCAUAAAAUCUUCAUUUCUUAGUCUAAUUUUGUUUUUUACCAUGCUUCAGAAAACUGCAUGUGUUGUUGAUAGAUUUUAGUUUUUGAUGCUGUGAAGAGUUUAGGAAGAUGAACUUGCAACAGUCAUCCAGAUGUUUGGUAGGAAAUUUACCUGAAUGAAUGUUUGAAUGCAGAUACCACAGAGGGGUCAUAAACGAGGUGAGGACCCGUGAAGCUGUUCUUACCCUGAUGCAUCAUGGCAGCGUUCAGUUUCAUGAUCGUUAUUCGUUUAAAAGUUCACAUCUGUAUUUAAUAAGUCUGCAAGUUCAUUUUCAACAAAUGUUUUCCUUCAUUUAGACCUAGAGAAGUUCUGUUGUCUGACAUGUUUCAGUUUUUAUUUCCUCUUUCCUCCUUUCCAAUAAACAUAAAAAUGAAAAGGC